AUUUUGGCCAAAUUACUAUACAGCCGACUCUACCGCCUGUUCCCGUGCCUCCAUUCCGUUUGCCGCUGCCAAGAUCGAAACAAAACCCAAUAGAAUUCUCCACUACCUUCCUCCAUUGCGACAAAAUCUUCUUCGACUUUCAACCCAAAACCCUACGUACGAGCAAGACUGCGGGAGGUGAAAGAGGCUCUUCCGCCUCUAAUUAUUCAAGUUAAGCCUCCAGCUCUUUAUGAUACCGAACCGUUUAUACAAUUAUGAUCACUACACCGCACCAUAGAAUCAAAAGAACCUUCCGCCCUCGCGUUCUUACUCUUAUUGCUCCCCGUGCUACCAGAUAUGAUUGUCUAUACAACUUACUUUCCCAGGAUUUAGAGAGCUGACGCAUAAAGCAUAUCCUUCAAGGCCAGGCUCCUUCUGCUCUGAGCACUCUUUAUCUCAAUACAACUAACCUGAAUACAACACUGGUUCGGGGGCUCCUGAGUAAGUAAUCUUUUGGAGGAGAAAGACAUAUUUCUUAAAAAUCCACAUGCUUCGAAAAAUGUAAAAGUCUGUCAUCUAUCUGUGAUUCCGUUAAAGCAUUUUGGGGAUAGUAAAGGAGCAACAGGGCUAAAGGCCAGAUUCUUUGAGUUCGAUUAAUCUACCCAUUAAAGUAUCUAGGGAUCGGUAAAGUCCAGAUGCUUUAUUACUCUACUUGUAAGUGGUGUGACUGCUCCAUAUACAUCUUACUACUCUGUCAUGCAUGGCCUAAAGUGGUCCCUGACAUGAAAUAAUAUCUACUUACCUUUCCCAGGCGUUAUUUAUUUGCUAUACACAUUCAGAAAUCUUUUCCAUGUAUUCUUAUUCGCUCCAGUUGAUUGGAAGACUUUAGAUGUUUAGGUGGGAAAAUCCCUCUUGACACAAUCUCUCUCUCUCUCUGUGUGUGUGUGUGUGUGCGCGCGCGCGCAUAUAUAUAAAGAGAGAGAGAGACCCCAAAAAUCUGCGAACGAGUCCUGGUGGAGUCAUCAACAACUCAAUGUGCAUCAUAGCUCAUUGUCGUAAGCUAUCACAGCUCAACACAAAGUCAAUUCCACUCCAAUGCCCCCAAUUUUUUUCCACAACUGUAACUGAAUUUCGAAUCCCACCCAUUGAGCCUUGGUCUUGUUCUGAAAAUCUUACCUACAACCACCUCUUAAAACUAUGCUUGCAUCAAUGCAAGCAAAUCCAGUCCCGCCUGAUACACGAUGAAAUGCCGCAAAGAGUGGUGUGUGCUUUGAGCACAUGCAAGACUAUCCAUGGGAAAAGCGUUAGACAUGGGUUUGCGUCAAAAGGUCGUCUGGGGAAUGCAAUUGUAGAUUUAUAUGCUAAAUGUGGAGAAAUGGAUUUGGCUAUAGGAUCUUUUAUGUGUCUUGAAAGGACGGAUAUUUUUGCAUGGAACUCGAUGGCAUCGAUGUAUUCAAAACAAGGAUUGUUGGAAAAUGUUAUAGACAUAUUUCAACUUAUGUGGAGUAGUGGUGAGUUGCCAAAUCAAUUCACUUAUGCCAUAGUUUUGUCAACUUGUGCUAGGCUGAUGGAUGUUGAGCUGGGAAAACAAGUACAUUGUAGUGUUGUGAAGAGAGGGUAUCAGUUUAAUUCAUUUACUGAAGGUUCUCUGAUUGAUAUGUAUGCAAAAUGCAGAUGUUUGGUGGAUGCUAGAAGAAUUUUUGAUGAUGUGGUGAGGCCUGACACCGUUUCUUGGACGGUGAUGAUUUCUGGUUACAUUAAAGUUGGUUUACAUCAGGAGGGAAUGAAACUUUUUGAGGAGAUGCAGAAACUAGGCUGUGUGCUGGAUCAGGUGACUUAUGUGACAAUCAUCAAUGCAUGUGCCAGACUAGGAAGGCUUGAUGUUGCUCACCACAUAUUUUCCCAGAUGCCUUAUCCAAAUGUUGUGGCAUGGAAUGUAAUGAUAUCCGGACACACAAAAGCUGGAAAGGAAGUAGUAGCUAUAGAAUGUUUUCAUGACAUGAUACAAGUUGGCAUUAAACCCACUCGGUCAACCUUGGGAAGUGUUUUGAGUGCAAUUGCAGGUGAAGCGAAUCUUGUUUAUGGCCUGCAGGUUCAUGCUUUGGCAGUUAAGCAGGGUCUGGAAUCAAAUAUAUAUGUAGGGAGUUCUUUGAUUAACAUGUAUGCGAAGUGUCAAAAAAUGGAUGUUGCAAAAGAAGUGUUUAAUGGAUUGGUCGAAAAAAAUGAUGUAUUGUGGAAUGCAUUGCUUGCUGGGUAUGCCCAGAAUGGUAAUGGUUUCGAAGUCCUAAACCACUUUAUGAAUAUGAGACUCUCUGGGUUUGAACCUGAUGAAUAUACAUACACUAGCAUUUUGAGUGCAUGUGCUUGUUUAGAAGAUAUAGAUAUGGGCCAACAAUUGCAUUCUGUCAUUAUCAAAAAUCAAUUUUUUGGAUCUAACCUAUACAUUGGAAAUGCUUUAGUAGAUAUGUAUGCCAAAUGUGGAGCUCUUGGUGAUGCUUUGCAACAAUUUGAUCGGAUACAAUGUAGAGAUCAUAUAUCAUGGAAUGUUAUUAUUGUUGGGUUUGUACAGGAGGGUGAAGAUGAAUCAGGUUUCUAUAUGUUUCAGAAAAUGAUGCUGGAGGGAAUUACCCCAGAUGAGGUCUCUUUGGCUAGUGUACUUAGUGCAUCUGCUAAUAAAAAAGCUCUUGGUAAAGGGAAAGAAGUGCACUGUCUUCUGAUUAAAGUUGGGCUAGAAACAGGUUGUUUUGCUGGAAGUUCACUUGUUGACAUGUACUGCAAGUGUGGUAACAUUGAGGCUGCAACUGAAGUUUUCUCUUGUAUGCAUGAGAGGAGCAUAGUCUCCACAAAUGCUUUGAUAGGAGGCUAUGCUCAGUUGGACACAGAACAUGCCAUUAAUCUGUUGAGAAAUAUGCUUGUUGAAGGUCUAAGACCAUCUGAAGUGACUUUUGCAUGUGUGUUAGAUGCCUGUGGUGACCCUCAUAAGCUACAUCUAGGGCAGCAACUUCACUGUUUCAUUGUAAAACUUGGAAUUUCAUACAGUGAUGAGUUCUUAGCCAUGACUCUGGUUUGCAUGUACAUUAAAUCCCUGAGACAGGCAGAUGUGAAACUCCUUUUUUCAGAGCUUCCUGAUCCCAAAAGCACGGUACUCUGGACUGCAAUGAUUUCUAGUAAUAUCCUUGUGGAGUGCACUGAGGAGGGGUUGAUAUGGUAUCAAGAAAUGCGGUUGUGUAAUGCGGUGCCCGACCAAGCAACAUUUGCAAGUGCACUAAAAGCAUGUUCCACCCUUGCUUCUCUGCCAGAUGGUAGCAAGAUUCACUGCCUCAUCUUUCAUACUGGUUUUGACAAGGAUGAGUUGAUAAGCAGUUCUUUAGUUGACAUGUACGCUAAAUGUGGUGAUGUUCAACGUUCAGCACAAGUAUUUGAUGAAAUGGUUAGCAAGAAGGACGUUAUUUCAUGGAACUCACUGAUAGUUGGGUUUGCCAAAAAUGGAUUUGCAGAUGAUGCACUGAAGGUUUUUAGUGAGAUGAAGCAGACUGAUGUACAACCUGAUGAAAUCACUUUCCUAGGUCUUCUCACUGCCUGCAGUCAUGUGGGACUGGUAUCUGAAGGCCGUGCUAUAUAUGACCAAAUGACUUCUUGUUAUGGCAUUCAACCACGAGUUGAUCAUUGUGCCUGUAUGAUAGAUAUUCUUGGCAGAUGGGGGUUUCUCAAGGAAGCAGAGGAGUUCAUUGACAGAUUAGACAUUGAGCCUGAUGCUAUGAUAUGGGCCACAUAUCUUGGUGCUUGCAGACUCCAUGGAGAUGGCAUAAGAGGACACCAUGCAUCUGAAAAACUCAUUGAGAUGGAAACUCAAAAUUCAUCUUCUUACAUACUUCUUGCUAAUAUUUAUGCAACAUCGGGGGACUGGGAGAAGGUUAAUUCCUUGAGAAGAAAGAUGAAAGAGAAAGGAGUGAGGAAACUACCUGGCUGCAGUUGGAUAGUAGUUGAGCAGAAAAAACAUGUAUUUGUUGCUGGCGAUAAAUUUCAUCCUUGUGCUGGUGAAGUCUAUGCGCUUUUGGAAGAUUUAAUCGCACAAAUGAAAGGCAAGGGUUAUGGUGGAACAAAAUCUUUUGUGCAUGAUGAAGACGUAGAAUAUGAGCUUUGUCGUUGAUUGCAGGCCAUUUCUAGUAGAGGGUUAACAGAUGCUGCCGUAAUUAUGUCAUUCAGUGCGGAGACUAACCACUGUCUUCAGAUCUGGAAGUUUUGCACUCAUGUUUCUUCAUGUGAUGUUUUGGCUACUAAUAUAAAACAUUCAUGCACAAAUUUUGGUUCGAUUUCUACGAAUAUGUAAAUGUAUAGUUGUUAUUUAUUGAUAUUACCUCUACUAUUCAUAUUCAACUGCGAUUGAGGCAGUGAUAUAGUUAGUGGUUGAUGUUGAGUUGGUUAAGUAGGAAUAAAGUCAUAUUGAAUUAAAAUCACACAAAUAUUACCAAAUAUGAUAUUGAAUAAAGCUACGGACAAAAAAUAAAUGAAUAAUACUAGUGA